UCAACGGAAAGAGCCGAAGAUGUCCGGGCUCUUUCAUGUGAUCAGCUGUGUCCAAUCACAGCUGAUCGCAUCCCCAGCAGUGCCACCUGUCAGUGUCCCAUCAGUGCCAGCUGUCAGUGCUCAUCCAUGCCACCUGCCAGUGCCCAUCAGUGCCACAUCAAUGCCACAUAUUCGUGCCUACCAGUGCACAUCAAUGCCACAUAUCAGUGCCUACUAGUGCACAUCAAUGCCACAUAUCGGUGCCCAUCUGAGCUGCCUUUUAGUGCCACCCAUCAGUGCUGCCUAUCAGUG